AUGCAUCUCCUGCUUCCUGCUGUGGGUGUCGGGAUGUUCAUGGUGGCUCUCGACCAGCUGCUAGUCAUUACCUCAUACACAAAGAUUGGCAGUGAACUCAAGGCGUUGAACAACACCAGCUGGAUAGCUACCGCCUACUUUCUCGCCUUGACCAUCUUUCAGCCCCUAUACGGAAGGCUGAGCGACAUUUUCGGCCGCAAGGAAUGCCUCUUGUUCGCUUACAGCGUCUUUGGACUUGGAUGUCUAGGAUGCGGCCUGGCUCAUGACAUGGCCCAGCUGUGCAUUGCACGAGCUGUCGCCGGCGUCGGUGGUGGCGGAGUCAAUGCCGUGGUAUCUAUCCUGCUGAGCGACCUGGUCCCUCUGAGAGAUCGCGGUAUCUAUCAAGGAUACAUCAACGUUAUCUGGGGAAUUGGCACGUCUCUGGGUGCUCCGCUAGGCGGGUUGCUUGCUGACUCGAUUGGAUGGCGAUGGUCCUUUCUCGUACAAGUUCCCAUGUGCCUUGUAGCAUGGGCUCUUGUCUACUUUUUUCUCCAUGUCCCCAGCAGGUCAAGCCACUACUGGCUUCAAAAGGUUCGACAGAUAGAUUUCCUCGGCGCCCUCACCCUGGCCCUCGCCGGGGUGUCUCUCCUUUCCGGACUCGAUGCAGGUUCCAACCUAGGCUGGUCAAACCUCUUAUCGGUUAUCCCACUGUCUCUUACGCCAGUGUUCUUCGCAGCUUUUAUCUAUGUCGAGGUCAGGAUUGCCAGCCACCCAUUCGCUCCGGGACAUGUCAUUUUCGACCCCAACCUCUUCUUCUGCUACCUAACCAACUUUUUCGGAAUGGCUGGUCAGAUGGCCAUCUUCCUCUAUAUCCCGCUGUAUUUCCAGGCUGUCCAGAGAAUCAGCGCUGCACGGAGCGGCACUCUGAUGACCCCGGCGACUGUGGCCGUCAUAGUUUCCUCCGUGGCUGGCGGGUGGAUGAUCAGACACUAUGGCAGAUUCUACUUGCCGACCGUCUUGAGCUUCGGGCUGCUGCUCUCUUCGAUAAUUCCUCUGGCCUUAUCUGUCUGGCAAAAAUCAACUGUCGGUAUUGUCGUCGGCCUCGUCAUGGCGGCUUUUGGGAUUGGAUCCGGCAUCACCACGACGCUAGUGGGACUUCUCUCCAAUGCCGCUACAGAGGACACGGCUGUCGCAGUUGCUUGCUCCUAUCUUUUCCGUUCUCUAGGGUCGAGCAUAGGGAUAAGCGUAACAUCUGCAGUCCAACAACAGGUCAUCCGAUCCCUUCUGGAGGCGAGUCUCGGAGGCGAUCACGACGGCGCCAGCGAGAUAGAGAAGAAGGUUCGGCAGAGCCUCAACUAUAUCAACGAGCUGCCACCUGAUAUUGCAGAUCUGGUGCGGUCACUAUAUCGGAUAGGAACUCUGAGUGCCACUGUGCCCACGGCGGCAUUCCUAGCAGCAGCCUUCUUGGCGUCUUUAUGGAUCAAAGACAAGGCACUUAAAAAGUAG